ACCGUCGGCACCGAUUCUUCUAUUUACCCGUUACGUCGUUGAUGAGUCCUCGACGAACGACGUCGGUGCCGACUGGGUGGCUUUUGGCACAAAAAAAGUGUACAAAGUGAAGAGGAGUGUUAAUACUAAGCAGUUGAAAAAAUCUUAUGUGGUUGGUGUUGGAAAUACGAUGAGACCGAGAAGACGAGCGCCAAGCAAGCAUCAGUCUCGUCGUCUCAUACAACAGACUGGGUGUUCAACAUUGGCAUCCACUGAGGAUGAGAACGAGGACGCAGCAGCGUCUGAAAAAAUGCGAAAAUUACGCAUAAUAUUGAACAUUUGAGCAUUUAUUUUUAACCAAUUCUUUAUUUAAAUUGUGUUUCAAGGGAAUAGCUUCAGGUGGUAGUGGUGUAAAAAUGAUCAAAAAACAAGAAUAAUAGACUUACUGUGUGUUCACUGCCUCUCUAUGCGACUGCACGUUGCGCAUAUCCAAACAUCCCACGUGAAAAAAUGGCAUCCCAUGGAAACACAUUUAUUUUGUUAUUUUCCCUGUAUACGACGUGUUUACAAUGCAUGGCAAGGUCUUAUGAACCAAGACAGUUAUCACCGUCUAAUGAUGGUUCAUCAGCCGUGGACGACCUUCCCAUGCAUGGACCUAGCGUUGAUAACCAGGAAUUACCUCAGGAUUUAAAUAAACCUUACCCUGGAAAGAGCUUUGGACCUAUGGGACCCAUUGAUCGAACUUUUCUGGAUAAUUCAAUGAGAAAUCUUGAGAAUGGCGGAGAUAUUGGAGAUAGUACUGUUAGAGAGUCUGUUCCUGAAAACUAUCCAGAAAAGAAAAAACAAUACCAAGUAUUUUCUGUUGAAUUUCAUCGUGUUGAGACUCCAUUUAUCAUUGGCAUAUGGAUCUUUUUUGCUAGCAUUGCUAAGAUUGGUUUCCACAUGGCUCCAAAAUUUAGUAAGAUAUUUCCUGAAUCCUGUCUUCUCAUUGUCGUUGGAGUAGUUGUUGGAGUUUUAUUAUUCCAUGCUAGCAGCGUUCAUGUGUCUCCAUUGACACCGGACACAUUCUUCCUCUACAUGCUUCCCCCUAUCAUCCUUGACGCUGGUUAUUUUAUGCCAAAUCGGCUAUUUUUCGAUCAUCUUGGAACCAUCCUGCUGUUCGCCGUCCUUGGAACUAUAUUUAAUACUCUGUCAAUAGGUGCCACACUUUGGGUCUUGGGAAAAAGUGGCCUCUUUGGAUUCACUACGCCACUACUCGACAUGUUUCUUUUUUCUGCUUUAAUAAGUGCAGUCGAUCCUGUGGCAGUUUUAGCAGUAUUUGAAGAGAUUCAUGUCAACGAAAUUCUUUAUAUAGUUGUAUUCGGAGAAAGUUUGCUGAACGACGCUGUUACUGUCGUGCUCUACCAUAUGUUUGAAACCUACAGUGAAAUGGGUCCAUCAAGAAUAACCUACAUGGAAAUUCUCUCAGGUUUUGCAUCGUUUGCAGUGGUAGCUAUUGGUGGUACGAUAAUCGGUGUCAUGUGGGGCUUUGCGACAGGCUUCGUCACUCGAUUCACUUAUCAAGUCCGCGUGAUCGAGCCCAUCUUUAUAUUUGUUAUGGCCUAUUUGGCUUACCUCAAUGCCGAGAUAUUUCAUAUGUCUGGAAUCCUCGCCAUCACUUUCUGUGGCAUUACUAUGAAGAACUAUGUCGAGGCUAAUAUUUCCCACAAAUCUCAUACUACUGUAAAAUACACCAUGAAAAUGUUAUCAAGCAGUUCAGAGACCAUCAUUUUUAUGUUCCUGGGUGUUGCAACUGUCACCAAUAGACAUGAUUGGAAUACCUGGUUCGUUGUAAUGACUAUUGUUCUGUGUUCGGUCUACCGGAUCGUGGGCGUAAUGGUACUUACUGCAGUGGCUAAUCGAUUCCGUUUGCACAAGCUGGACAAGGUGGAAAAGUUUGUCAUGUCGUACGGUGGUUUGCGUGGGGCCGUGGCAUUCGCCUUGGUUCUCCUCAUCGACCCACACCACGUGCCUCUACAACCAAUGUUUGUUACAACCACUAUAGCAGUUAUUUAUUUCACAGUCUUUAUUCAGGGAAUAACAAUUAAGCCACUUGUCAAAAUAUUAAAUGUCAAGAGAGCUGAAAGGAGAAAACCUACGAUGAAUGAGAGGAUACACGAAAGGAUUAUGGAUCACAUAAUGGCUGGUGUCGAAGACAUUUUAGGCAAACAUGGAAAUUAUCAUCUCAGAGAUAAAUUCAAACGAUUCGACAACAAAUUCAUUCGUCCAUACUUAGUGAGAAAUCACUGCGGUGCUGAGCCAAAAAUUCUCGAGACGUACUCAAAGCUGGCAAUGAAAGAUGCUUUGGAUUAUAUUCGGAGAAAUGCAUCUACCAUUGGAAACAUCAGUGGCACUGAGAGUAUGUCAGCGAUAUUUCGCAAUUAUAGCAACACAGGACAAUUUAAUUCCAGGUGGGCAGGACAAAGACGGCUGAAAAUAAGUCAGCAUCGAGUUACUCCAUUAGCUAAGGAAAGUACAUGUGCCAGUAAUUUUCCUUUUGUUCAUUCAAGUCCAAGUUGUAGUCAACUGGAGGCUGGUUGGAACAUUGAUCUCCAAGAGCUUGAAUACUAUCCCUCAAAGAAAGAUUUAACUGAUGCGCGAAUCCAUCAUUUACUUGCCGAAGAGCUUUGCAAGCCGUACAAAAGGACUUACGUGUUUCAGCAUCGCCGAUUAAGCUACAGUCGCCAUGCCGUUAACGAUCGCGAUUUAUCUACUCAAGUCAAUUAUAAAAUGCACAUGAAUAUUCGUCGCAUGAUGGGUGAGCACAAACAUCGACACAAACGCAGUAAAAAAAUUCUUAAGGAUGGUAGUAAACAGAACCAUGUCAGUUUUCCUGAGCUUCAACAACAAAAUGGGUCUACGAAAUUAUUUUCUCAAGAUUAUAUGGAUGGUGUUUUAUAUGAAGUUGAUAAUGAUGACGACGGUAAACCAGCGCGGGAUUCUGAUUGGGAGUCGGCAAUUACUUUUACAGCUCGAUCAGAUUCUCAUCGGGAUGGUGAAGGUUCUCAUUACGAUAAUUAUCCCAGUGCUGAUGACAGUGAUGAUGACGAUCACACAGAUAGUGGGAUGAUGAGAAGACAUAGAGAGUCUGAAGGCGAUGCGUAUAGAGUAACAACCCCAACUGCGACGGAAACUAUGCUUCCAUGGAAGCGUGAGGACGAUUAUGACUCAGCAAGACCAGUGAAGCAAAAUGAAUUCCCAGCGUGGUGUUCUAAUAAAGAAUACAUAGCAUAUAGCUCACCAUCAGCAACAUUUUUAGGUGGUAUUGAACAGCCUAAAGUACAAUCCGUGAUUGGCCUUUUUCGUAAGGACAGUGCGAGCACUUCGGAUAAUUCUGGAUAUCCUGACCUUAAUGAGAGUGAUCGAUUUUCGGGUAUCAGGUUCACUAAUGGAGUUUCAUCUACGAAUUCAGAUAAAUCAAAUAAAGCCAAACGAAGGGGAUCGAUGAUGGAACUGAGUUCUGCUGAGUCAAUACACAAUGAAAAAGCAAACAAUGGCUCGCAUUCGUUGCCAGAAUACUGGAACUCUCAGAGGUUACGCUUACAAACGACUUUUCCAAGUACCACAGUACAGAAUGCACCGAGUCUGUCAACAGCAUUGAUCUCUUCGUCGACAGAGUCUUCAGAAGAUUAUGAGGAGGAUUGACCAUGGAUUGAGACGUCUUAUCUUGAAGGACGUCCACGGCGUGAGAGUGAUCUACGUUCAGUUUUGUCGGCCUUAUUUCGCCGACCAAGUGCUCCUGUUUGAAAAAAAUACAUAUUUUUCACGUUGACUCGUGGGAGCUUUUAAAUAAAUGCUGGGAAAGCAAAGUUCCAAAUAAAGUACGAAUUAGGACAUUAAGUCCUUUUUAAAAAUGAUCGCAUUGAGGUUUGUAAUAUAAUUAGUCUAAUUAAAAUGCAAUUAUUGCAUUAUCUGAAGAGGUUGUCAGUCAGAGACGCUGUGAACCGCUUUGACAUGGGUGCCUUUUUGUACAAAACUCGUUUGAAAAGAAACAAGUUCAUCACUACUUGACAAUGAUUAGGCAAAGGUUGUAUAAGUUAUUAAAAUAAAUGAAUGAGAAAUAAAUAAUAGAAGUGAAAGAAAAAAUUCAAUGAAAUGUUGCCAAAGGCCAUAUCAUGAAAAAAUUGUAACUCCAAGGAAAUUUAAUCAAUAGUGGUUUAGUUUAUCUCUAUCAUUUUAAUUAUCAAUCGAGUGGCAUUAAUUCAUUUUUAGCUGAUUUUAGAUUUAAUAAAUGUACCACCCAGUGGUGAAAAAGAAACCAAAAAUAUUUUUCUUUAUAGUAUUUAUAGAGAAAAUAAAUUUUCAAACAAUAUUUGAGAAAAAAAUGAUAAAAUCUUCAUGAAUUGUAAGACAAUGUAACAAAUUCUUGACGGCGUCUUGUGUACGAGCGGUCGUCUGCGACUGAAAUGGAUUGGUUUUCAAAUGUAGAUAAUAUAAAUACCAAUAAAAAUUUAGACAUACCAGACUAGAUCAUCUGCUGGAGUAAUCUUUACGCUGUUAAUUUGUUAAAUAAAUGUUUUAUUUCAUAUCUCA